CGGUACAGCGUUCAAUUUUUCAAAAAGCGGCGAAUUUACGCGGGGUCCUUAACGUCGUCUUCACGCGUCGUCUGGUGGAGUAAAAUUCAUCGCGGCGACGAAACCCUAAAGAAUCGAUCGAGGGAAAAAGAUGGCGAUGGCAGGCUUGUACAGGCGGAUCCUUCCGUCCCCUCCCGCCAUCGAUUUCGCUUCUUCCGAAGGAAAGCAACUCUUUUUAGAAUCCAUCCAAAGUGGUACAAUGGAAGGCUUUUUCAAGCUGAUCUCUUACUUCCAGACACAAUCAGAGCCUGCUUACUGUGGGCUAGCCAGCCUUGCCAUGGUCCUGAAUGCCCUUUCUAUCGAUCCAGGAAGAAAAUGGAAAGGGCCCUGGAGAUGGUUUGAUGAAUCUAUGUUGGAUUGUUGUGAGCCUUUGGAAAAGGUUAAAGCUACAGGCAUCUCAUUUGGAAAGCUUGUAUGCUUGGCUCACUGUGCUGGAGCAAAAGUUGAAGCUUUUCGCACGAAUCAAAGCACCAUUAACGAUUUUCGCAAGUAUAUCAUGGCUUGUUCCACUUCAGAUAAUUGUCAUGUGAUCUCAUCAUAUCACAGAGGGACUUUUAAGCAGACAGGAACGGGUCACUUUUCACCUAUUGGUGGUUACCAUGCUGGAAAGGACAUGGCACUGAUUUUGGAUGUUGCGCGGUUUAAGUAUCCUCCUCAUUGGGUUCCACUCAAACUCCUUUGGGAAGCCAUGAAUACUGUUGAUGGAGCUAGUGGCCGACCUAGGGGGUUCAUGCUAAUCUCUAGGCUUCAUAGGGCCCCGGCACUGCUCUACACCCUGAGCUGUAAACAUGAGAGUUGGGUCGGCAUUGCGAAGUUCUUAGUGGAUGAUGUCCCUCGCUUAUUAAAAUCAGAGGAUGUGAAAGAUAUUAGGAAUGUACUCUCUGUUAUUUUGUCAUCUCUCCCCACACAUUUUAGGGAGUUCAUCAAGUGGGUUGCAGAAGUUCGGACACGAGAGGAGGAUGGCAGUCAAAGUCUGAGCCAAGAAGAGAAAGAAAGACUUGCCAUCAAGGAAGAGGUGUUGAAACAAGUGCAGGAGAUUAGCCUUUAUAAACACGUGACAGAAUUUUUAUCUUCUGAGAAAUCAUGUUGCAAAACCAUACUUGGGACAGAAAACGAAGAGAAUUUUCCUGAAUUUGCAGCUCACGUAUGUUGCCAGGGGGCAGGGCUUUUGUCUGGGAUGUCAGGCUCAUCACAGCAGUUCUGUUGUCAGGCAACAUGUGUCAAAUGCUUUAAAGUAAAUGGUGACAAACCUGUUACAGUGGUGUCUGGGACGGUGGUGAAUGGUAGUGGUCAGCAAGGGGUCGAUGUGCUGGUCCCUUCUUCUCAAUUGGAGCUGAGUUGCUGUGGUUGUGGCCCAAGUAAUUAUGUGGGCAUGUACCCAGCGAGCAAUGACGUUCUGACUGCUCUUUUAUUGGCGUUGCCUCCAGAAACAUGGUCUGGUAUCAAAGAAGAGAAGCUUUUGCAGGAAGUACAUGGUCUUGUGUCAACUGAAAACCUUCCUACACUGCUUCAAGAGGAGGUAUUGCACUUGCGAGGUCAACUCCAGCUUCUCAAGAGAUGCCAAGAUAAUAAGGUCUCACCACUCACCAGCAGUUGUCCCAUGGUACAAUGCUCGGGCAAAUUAGACAAAUUCAUCUGGCCCGCCUCAAGGCUGCAAACUUGCGGAUAUCAGUUCACCGAUAGAUAGUCUCCUUCCGUUUCAUAAUUUUAUUUUAUGAAAAAUUGCCCUUUUUAAAUAUUGAAAUAAACUUCUUCCUAACAUAGUGUUUUAAUUUUUUGGCUUAAAAUUAAAGCGCUAAUGGAAGAGAUUAUAAGAGUCCUAUAUUUUGUAGAGCUUAUUGAGCAAAUCGUUUUAAGAAGUUAAAGUUACCUUCAUCUAAAAAGAAACGAACCUGAGUCGUAGUCACCAUUUCUUGAAAAGGGCAAACCAUUUUUUUCCCAAGAAACAGAAACAUACUCCAUAUGGAUAAGAGGUUCAUUUCUUCGGCUAACCUUAUGGGAUUUUAGUUUUUAUUUUUUUGGAAUUAAGGAAACUUCAUGUUUUCUGUGUUUGAUCGUUUCAGAGUCUCUUACAUCUUAUUGUGUUGUUAUAAAUAGUUCUUAGUU